AUGAAGCUCUUAUCUACUGCCGCCGCAGUCCUCCUCAGCGUCGCUCCCUUCGCCGUUACCGCUCGGUCGAUCGACUUCUUCAACUCACAGUCUCCGAUCAGUACCAAUGGAAUCCCUGUCAAAGGCGAUAAUCCCUUAGAAUACUGCGCUAAUCCUUCUGGCGACGUCCUCGAGAUCAAGAAAGUCGACUUGUCCCCUAACCCUCCUCUUCCUGGCCAUACUCUCACGAUCGAGGCCAGUGGUACAUUGAAGGAGCCGAUUGAGAAGGGUGCUUACGUUCUGCUCGAGGUCAAAUAUGGUCUGAUUACUCUGAUCAGGCAGAAGGCCGAUCUCUGCGAUCAACUUACCAAUGUUGACCUCGAAUGCCCCUUGGACAAGGGCGAUCUGGUCCUGACAAAGCAGGUCGACCUGCCCAGUCAAAUCCCUCCGGGCAAAUACACGGUCCAUGCCGAUGUCAUGUCUGUGAAUGAUGAGCGGAUUACCUGCCUCGACGCGCGAAACAUUGAGUUUAAGAGAGGCUCUCUCUUCUAA